AAAUGUAUGUGAGACAUACUGUAAUGUUGAAAAAGGAGAAUGGGAAUUUACCGAAGAGUUUGACUCGGUUAGUGAGGAGGCAAAGGAUUUUGUGUCACGAUUGAUCGUCUAUGAGAAGAAGAAGAGAAUGCUUCCAAAGGAAUGCUUAGCGCAUCCAUGGAUAGCUAAGCAUAGGGCAAAGGCUAAUAUUGAUACGAUACUUGAGAAGCCGGCAGAAGGGCCAGUCAUGGACAAAAAGCAGAUGAUGCGUUAUAAUGCAAAGCGAAAGUUCAGGCGUCUCAUCACCUAUGUGAAGAUUUUCAUCGAGCUGAGUCGCCUGAGACGAACAGCAAAUUGUCGCAUGAGCCAGAGCGGACAGAAGUAUUUCGAAACUCUGCUCAUAGCUGCAGAACAAGAAAAACAAUUGGCGCAGCAAAAUAUUGCAAAAGCAAGUGCAAAUGAAGCAGCACAAGAACUUCCUGAAAAGGGCGUGGAUGAAGUCAGGCCAAAUAAACUUGAGAUGGCAUCGACAAGCAAGGACAUAGGCCAGAAGGAGAACAAAACAUCCGCGAAAAAGAUUGGUGGUACGCCCUCGGUCGAAAAAGUCAAAAAGAAUAAACCUAAAGAGGAAAAAGCGGAGGAACCUGUUGAAAAGAAGACGGCAUCGACAAGCAAGGACAUAGGCCAGAAGGAGAACAAAACAUUCGCGAAAAAGAUUGGUGGUACGCCCUCGGUCGAAAAAGUCAAAAAGAAUAAACCUAAAGAGGAAAAAACGGAGGAACCUGUUGAAAAGAAGGCGACGACUGAAAUGCCACGGCAAAAAAGAUCGUGGGAAAAGACAGAUCCAAAUGAAUACUUUGCUGCAAAACCUCCACAUCCUGCUGCUCAUCCUGCAGUCAAAAUAGCACCUCCAGCUGAAGAGAAAAAGGAAAAGAUGGAACCUGAAAAGAAAGCACUUCAAGAGAAGAAAAUACCGGAAGUAGUUGUUGAAGUUCCUCUUAAGAAAACUGUCCGAACAAAAUCUCCCUCUCUCGUUAAAGCACCCACUCUUGAUUUUGCGGGACCUGCGCUCCCAACUGAAAAUGUUCCGAGCAAACUGCAUACAAAGAAACCUCAAGAGACUCCUUUGAGAAAGUCUGCAUCUACAGAGAGGGCAUCGUUAAUUAAAGAAAAAGGAGAGAAAGCUGAACGGAGAUCCUUACGAGAGAAGAAACAUUUACCUACGGGCAGUGCUGCCAGCGAUGUCAAACCUAAAGAAGCAUUGAAGAUCGAGAAAACGUUUGAAAAAACAAAAGCGAAUGCAUCUUUGGCAGAGACCGCAAAGGAUACGCCGAAGACCGGCAACUCGUCUGUUAUGCAGAUCAGCGAAAAACUGCAAAUCAAAGAAACCUCCUUGGAAAAGCUUGGGAGCAAAAACCAUGAUUCAACGUCUGAGAGAAUUGCCAAGAAUUUACCAAGGAUCGCAGUUGAGGAACCGACUUCACUGCGGUUGAGGAAAUCUUCAGCUCCGGAAGCCAUAAUUACUGAGCCGCCAAAAAAGACGGUGCUCGGAUCACCAAAGAUGGCCCCUUGUGGAGAGAACCGAUCCACUCCUAUGCGAAUGCAGCGAUUCGGAAAUACAGCACAUAUCAACGGGGAAGAAGGUGGAAGAAGUGGAAAGGAAGUGGACUGA